AGGAUAGCACACAAAAAGAAAAAGUAGAAACGCAGAGCAAUCUUUUUCUUCCUCUUCUCUUUUCAAUGUCGUCCAGAGCCGCGUAUGCCCACGUCGUCGAGCGCCUUAUCAACCGUGCACGCAACGACCCAGCAGAUCUGACGGCGACGGAGGAGGAGGCGGCGACGGCGGCUCGGCCGCAGCUGCGAGAGGCACGCGUGCCGGCGGUGGCGGAGCGGCUGCAGAGUACCCUCGCCGAGGACGCAGCAAGUCGCCUCAUCAUCCAUGACGACAAACCGAUCGAAAACGUGCCGACGAUGACGGCCCCGGAGCUGAAGUUGAUCGGUCGGUGCGUCAGCUUCGGUAUGAAGCAGACGAUUAACGGCGUGAGCUCCCUCUUCUAUUACACUGGCUUGGUUUCCGCAGUCACCGCCACAGCCGUAACACUCAUGUACGUGAACCGCUACACGGAAGCCGACUUCAAGGCGUACCGAGAACGCGAAAAGAGGGCCUCUACAGCAGGCGGGGUGCACGUUUCGCAUGAGUUUCCUGAUAAGGAUUGCCGCGCCGCGGCGUUGAUCCUGACUGGCGCCGAGCUACUCGCUGCGGAUCACCGGUCGUCGGAGAGAGACGCGGAGGUGUCGCGAUUCCCUUACAGCCUCAGUGAGGUGUUGGAAGGCGCGUUUGGUGCCCCACCCCGCUCGUCGACCGACCCACGGGGGAGCGUUUGCCCAGCGGUACGGAUGCUAACGGGAGCCGACUUGCAACGCCUCGCCGCCCAUCACUGUCGCAGCGAGCCCGAGAACCGAGAGAGGAGCGAGGAGGUCGCCACGGCGGCGACGACGGCGGCGGCAAUGACGAAAUCUCCGCACUGUGCGGGGGCACUCACUUUCCGUACCUGCAGCGACUCGCUCGGCCCUCUGCCGUGCGUGACGCUUCUCCGCAGGGGUCUUCACGAUGUGGCCUUCGGUCGCAGCCCGGAUAGUGUCUUCUACUCGCUGCUGCAGGAUCCCUCGAAGAAGCUGAUGGACAUGCAGUACCUGCGCAUGUUCCUGCGCCGUUACCUCGUCCACACGAGCGAGGGCAACAACCCGGAGCAGAUCUCCUUGUUUACCUACCUUCGAGAAGUGGCCGGCUGUUCUGAUCUGGGUCACGAACGCGCGCGUCAGCUUGUGCGGGAGGAGGUGGUGGACCUGAUGAAGCACGACCGCGGCAUUGCGAAGGAAAAGAAGCGCCUGCGGAGUCGUGAGGAGCGUCGUGAGGCGACCCUACGCGACUACCGCGCCCCGUCGAGCCUAUUCGCUGACACCGGCUUUUUGUACCUGACGGGCCUUCCGCAGGGCACCUUACUGGCUGCUGCCACGAUGUUCUUCUUUACCUUUGUCUUCGCGUGCAGCUAUGUCUUGCCCGUUGUCAUCGCAGGUGAUGGCCUCAUCCAGUUUUUCUUCGAGGAGCUCAACAAUGUUUUCCUGUCCGCGCUGCUGAUGUGGGUUGUGACGAGCAUCGCGAUGUUCCUUCACGCCCUCGUCAUGCGCGUUCCGUCGCUGGCCAAUUCUCCUCUGUUGAUUGUGCGUGGGCUCACCUCGGUCGGUUCUGCGGUGUAUGCCGUUCUCUGCGCGGUGUUCAUCACCCACUGCACCACGAACGACUACCUGCUUAACAGGAUGCGGCUGAGCGACCCAGGCGACCUGUGCUCCUUCUACGAGCAGAACAUGUGUUCUGGUUUCUUCGUCGGCUGCGGCGAUGGCUCACGCGGCGACCCGCUGUGUGCGCCGUGCAUGCCGGUGUCCUACCCGGACUCGUCGUGCUACUCGGCCAUCACCGAUCAGCUGCAGCGGGUGAUGAUUCCGUUGUUUCUCUUUGCCAUCGUGAUCUUUCUUAGCGCCCUGCACUCCUUGUUCUUGGUUCUCAGACUCUUCUUGGUUGCUCGAACCACUUCUCUCACUGCUUUCGCGUAG